AUGUGUUCCGUUCAGCCUCUGAGAGAGUUCAUCAGGGAGAGACUCGCUGCUGCCGCGGAGGAGAUUUUCUCCGAGGUGGAGAACACCGUGAGGCUGCUGGAGAGCCGCUGGGGGACCGAAACACACCGGCAACCAACAUGUCCACAACACCACACACACCGGGAACCAACAGGUCCACAACACCACACACACCGGGAACCAACAGGUCCAAAACACCACACACACCGGCAACCAACAGGUCCACAACACCUCACACACCGGGAACCAACAGGUCCAAAACACCUCACACACCGGCAACAAACAGUCCACAACACCUCACACACCGGCAACAAACAGGUCCACAACACCUCACACACCGGCAACAAACAGGUUGACAACACCUCACACACCGGCAACCAACAGGUCCAAAACACCUCACACACCGGCAACCAACAGGUCCACAACACCUCACACACCGGCAACAAACAGGUCCACAACACCUCACACACCGGCAACCAACAGGUCCAAAACACCUCACACACCGGCAACCAACAGGUCCACAACACCACACACACCGGCAACCAACAGGUCCACAACACCUCACACACCGGGAACCAACAGGUCCAAAACACCUCACACACCGGCAACAAACAGGUCCACAACACCUCACACACCGGCAACAAACAGGUCCACAACACCUCACACACCGGCAACCAACAGGUCCAAAACACCUCACACACCGGCAACCAACAGGUCCACAACACCACACACACCGGCAACCAACAGGUCCACAACACCUCACACCGGCAACCAACAGGUCCACAACACCUCACACACCGGCAACCAACAGGUCCACAACACCUCACACACCGGCAACCAACAGGUCCACAACACCUCACACACCGGCAACCAACAGGUCCACAACACCUCACACACCGGGAACCAACAGGUCCAAAACACCUCACACACCGGCAACCAACAGGUCCACAACACCUCACACACCGGCAACCAACAGGUCCACAACACCUCACACACCGGCAACCAACAGGUCCACAACACCACACACACCGGCAACCAACAGGUCCACAACACCUCACACACCGGGAACCAACAGGUCCACAACACCUCACACACCGGCAACCAACAGGUCCACAACACCACACACACCGGCAACCAACAGGUCCACAACACCUCACACACCGGGAACCAACAGAACUCCAGCAGCUGAAAGUUCCUGAGGAUCCGGUUUUGACUGACCCAAAACUAUGGAGCCAGGAGCGGAACCACAGAUCCGACCCGGGUGAAGGAGAACCGGGCCGGGAUGUGGAAUUGCAGAUCAGAGAGAUAUUCUGCGGUUCUGGAAUCGGCUCGGUCCAGUUUGGAGAAGAACAGAAUCCUCGGCUCCAGCUGCCGGACACAAAACCUCGUAGAACAGAACUUCCACAGCAACAAGAUUCUGAUCAGGUUCUGAUGGGCCUGCAGCUCCAGAACCACAGCAGGACCUGGAGUCUGGACCAGGAGGAACCAGAACUAUCACUGAAGCAAGAGUACCAGGAGGAUCCAGAACCGUCCUGGAUCAAACAGAACCAGGAGGAUCUGUGUGUCUGUCAGGAGGAAGGGCAGCCAGACCCAGAGACGUUCAUGGCGGUUCCGACUGAUGAAGAAACUGAUCCAGAACCAAACCCUGGGUCAGAACCUCUUCUAGGGUCUAGAGUCAGGAAGAAGAGCAGAAAAUAUGCAGAAAGUUCUUGUGGAUCAGAGAGUCUGGACGAUGAUGAUGGUGGAGCAGUGGACCAGGCAACUUAUUGGACGGCGUCCCCAACCGAGGACGUUGUCUCUGCGAGUCCACAGACAGGACGACCUUUGACCUCAUCAGCCUCCGCGGUGCGCGACACCGACAGCGGCCCCUGUAGGUCAGCAGCGACCCGGGCCCGGCGCACUCCAGCAGCAGAGAGUCUGUAUUCCUGCGACGCCUGCGGGAAACGCUUCCGGUUCCACUGCCGCUACUUGUCCCACAUGAGGACCCAUACGGGGGAGAAGCCGUUCUCCUGCAGGCAAUGUGGGAAAAGUUUCACUCAGGGAGGAAGUUUGUGGCGACACGUCAGAACGCAUUCUGGAGAGAAACCGUUCAUCUGCAGAACAUGUGGGCGGAGCUUCAGCCAGAAGACGGGUCUGCUGGGCCACAUCAGGACUCAGCACAGAGGGGCGGAGCCUCACAGGGAAGGACAAAGUGGCAACUGAACAGGUUUGGUCAUCAAAAUUAUGACGAGUGGAAGGAAACUCAAGUGUCGGGUUCUGAGGUUCUGGCUAGGACUGCACUGAUGGAGGUUUUCUGGCUGAUCACCAGUCCUCAAAAAGCCUGAUUCUGAGUUUAGCUGGUGCCCAUUUUUUGACUGAAAUGUUGCUGAGAUGGUAAAAAUGUGGUGGCUUGUUAACUGCCGACAUGCAGACAUGACCUGGUGGGCGGUCAGUCGGCCAAAUCUCUCAGGACAGAGCAGAACAGGGCACUGGUGGAUUUCCUUGAGGUGGAUGAUCUCCCAAAAUUCAGACAAUUGGCCCCUGGUUCUGACCCGUCCGCUUACAGAAUCUUUUCAAUAAAGUUUUUUCUCUGUCAAUGUUUCUGUCCAAUCUUUUUAAAAUUAUUUUAAGUCUCAGCUAAUCAUGUGCCGCCGUUGAUGUAUCAGAGCAGUCCAGUUCAAUUCUAGAACAGAACCAGGCAGUCAGAUCAGAAAAACAGUUGAAGUCUCAGUGAACCUGGGAAUAAAGCAGAACUGAUGUCUGCGACGGUCUGACCUCACAGCGCAGGAGGAAGCAGGGAGGGAGGCCCUCUAGUGGCCGCUGUGCAGUACUGCAGGUUUUACUGGUUUAACAGGGAGUGUGGCCCUCUAGUGGCUGCUGUGCAGUACUGCAGGUUUUAGUGGAUUAACAGGGAGUGAGGCCCUCUAGUGGCUGCUGUGCAGUACUGCAGGUUUUUGUUCAGGGUUCUGGUGUUUCCUGUCACUGUGGGCCUCACAGCGCAGUAGUACACAGCAGAGUCUGUCACUGCAGCAGAGGAGAUCAGCAGAUCCAUCUGGAUUUUAUCAUCAUUCAUGUUGAAGUAGAAACCAGGAAGCAGCUCAGAUAAUUGUGUUCCUGUUCCUGAGUGGGAGAUCAGGAACUGUGGAGGUUUUCCAGCAUAUUGACGAUACCAGAAGAAAUAAUCAGUUCCAGUUGCUUGUUUGGAGUAAGUGUAGGACAGAGUAACUUUGCUGUUUUCUGAUCUGGACUCUGCAUGUUUGACUGGAGUCAGUUCUUCACAGGUGACUGCUGAAGAAAAAGAGAGAAACAUUAAAGUUCUGUGAUCAAUUCUUCAUAAUGAGGCAGUUAUGUAAAGUAGAUAAUCAGGUUUUAAUAAUAAAAUCCAAUCUGACCUGUUAGCAGAGAGGCGAUGAGCAGAGACAGACUAUAAUAGUCCAUGAUGAGCAGAGUUGAUGUUGGAGAGUUGAACUGAACUGAAGGAGGAAG